CUUUCCCUUUUUACUAGUUUUCUUCUUACUAUUAUUGUAGUGUUGUUUCUAAAGAUAAAAGCUUUACCUUUGUCUAUGGGUUCUGUUAAUUAGAUUACUACUUAUAAACUUAGUUAGUUGUUUAGGCCAGCAUAGUUGAGCAAAAUGUUGGUUGUUACUAAAAAGGCAUUGAAUAACUGGCCGGCCGGCCGGCUGUUACAGUUUUUGGAAUCUAUGAAUCUAUAUUCUCUUUGUGUGCACCUUUGUCUUGAUGUGGAAUUUGAGACCAUUUUAGUUGUAGCCUUUAUAUAUAUUUAGAGAGGUGCAUGAAAGAGCAUAUUCAGUAAUUUAAGGCUUUUCUCUUUAUUGCUUCUUCCGCCUAGAAUUAGUAGUCUUAGAACCACCAAAAAUUAUGUUCGGAACGGUUUCUGAAGAGAUUGAAGUAGCUGCGGCUGCCAGUGAAGCUUGGAAGGUCUAUGGCACGCUUCAACUGGCCGAUAUUGUGGUCAAAGAGCUCCCACAUAUCCUACACAAAGUUGACAUAAUUGAAGGCGAUGGCGGUGUUGGGACAGUCCUCAAACUAACCUUUCCACCGGGAACUCCGCUGUAUACCUGUGCUAAGGAAAAAUUUAUCGUUGUGGAUGAUGAGAAGCGGGUCAAAGUAGCUAUGGCAGUGGAAGGUGGGCUUCUCGAUCACGGAUUCACAUUCUUUCUGGUCCGCUUUGAUAUCAUAGAAAAGGAUGAAACAACAUGCAUCACCAAAGCCACAAUUGAGUACGAGGUCAAGGAAGAAGCAGCUGCUAAUGUUUCAUUUGUUAGUAUUCAAGCUUUUGUUAUCAUGAUGGAAGCUGUUGCUAAGUACCUAACUCAGCAGAAAAAUGGUCAAUGUUCUGCCUGAUUUUUUUCUAUUAAGCCUCUUUCAUUGUUAAUGCAUGGAAUUGCUUCAUACUAGCAGAAGGCAGAAGCUUAUAAGUUUGUAUUUGUGUUUUGAAUUUGGCCUGUACCAUCCUAUAGAGGGAAAAUGAAUAAAAUAAAAAGCUUACCAGCACUGAUGUUAUCAAAAGGGAUAAUUAGCAUCACCGGACACAUGUUAGUAAUUAGUUUGUCUAUUAACUAUUAAGGAAAAGAUGUUGGAGUUUCAUAAAUAGUUGGUCAAGCUUCUACGACAAAGUUGUAUGUACUGUGUGCUUCUGAUGAUUGUUUUGUGGAGCUUCUUGUUCCUAGGGUCGCAGAAAUUUGAAGUUAACAUAAAUAAUACGAACAAGGUUGUCAAACUUUAGUAUAUCGUAAAAUUAGAUAUGGAUUUGAGAUUGAGAUUUCCUAGUCCAACUUAAUCGAUCACAUUAUUGAAGUUUACUAGUAGUGCUUUUCUGAUUUAGACACUUCAAGAAA